GUGGGGUAGCACCACAAACGCUUAUUUCUUUCUGCUGUGCCGAUUUAAUUUUGCCUCUUCAUUUACCAGGAUUACUGCCUAGCAAGGAAAAUGGCUAUCGAUGCUCUGCGUCUAGCAAACACUGCCUUUGCAGUUGAUAUGUUCAAAAAAUUGUGUGAGAAGGACAAAACAGCCAAUAUUGUUUUUGCUCCACUGUGUACUUCAACUUCUCUGGCUCUGGCAUAUAAAGCUACCAAAGGUGACACCGCAACCCAAAUGAUAAAGGCACUCCAUUUAGAAGACAUCAAAGAUGUUUUGUUUGGGUUCCAAACGGUAACGUCUGAUGUUUCCAAACUCAGCUCUUUCUUUUCAUUGAAAAUGGUCAAACGGCUCUAUGUAGAAAAGUCUCUGAACCCUACCACAGAGUUUAUCAAUGCCACCAAGAGACCAUUUCCAUCUGAACUAGAACUAGUAGACUUCAAAGAAAAAACGGAGGAAACCAGGCAGCAGAUCAACAAAUCUGUUUCGGAGCUAACCGAUGGUAAAAUGGAGAACAUUUUGAAUGAGGGGAGUAUAAAUGACCAGACUAAGAUCCUCCUGGUUAACACAGCUUAUUUUGUAACAAACUGGAUGAAGAAGUUCCCAGAGGCACAAAUCAAAGAAUGUCCCUUUAAAAUCAACAAGACUGAAACAAAACCAGUGCAAAUGAUGAACGUGGAAGCUACGUUUUGCCUGGGCUACGUAAAGGAAUUAAAAAUAGCAAUCCUUGAGCUCCCUUGCCUCAACAAGCACAUGAGCAUGCUCAUUCUGCUACCAAAAGAGAUUGAGGAUGAUACCACUGGCUUGGAACAGCUUGAACAGGCGCUCACUCCUGAGACGUUAGUACAGUGGACCAAUCCCAGCGUGAUGGCCAAUAGCAAAGUGAACGUGUUUCUUCCCAAAUUUAAGGUGGAAGGGGAUUAUGAUCUGAAGCCUGUUCUGGAAAGCUUGGGGAUGACAGAUAUUUUUAACGAGAAUGUAGCAGACUUCUCUGAAAUGUCUGAGACUAAGGGCGUGGUUUUGUCACAGAUCAUCCAUAGAGUCUCUCUGGAAGUAAAUGAAGAAGGUGCUGAAUUGAGAGAGGUACCAGGAUAUCGGAUCCUGCAACACAAAGAUGAAUUUAAAGCUGACCAUCCAUUUAUCUUCUUGUUUAGGCAUAACAAAACCCGCAACAUUAUUCUUUCUGGCAGAUUCUGUUCUCCUUAAAUAGGGCAUAUCUAUUGAGAAAAGCAGAAUCCAUUUGUUGUGAUUCAUAUUUCUGUAAAGCUUUGCAUCCUGAGUACCACCACUGAAAGGUAAUCUAAGAUGUUCAUAUAUCAAACAGGCAGCACCACAUACUUUUCACAUGCAGCAGUCAUAUAAAAUGAUGCAAUUUAACUCAUUUUGUUUCACUCACCUAGAAUAAGGAAUUUAGCACCACACAGGAACGCUCAUGUGUUUCAUCAGGAAAUACCCCAUCUCCAGCAAACAAACAUACAUUCAUGUUUCUCUGAUGCAUUUCAUUUUCUAAAAGAAAAUUAAAUCAAAGUCCAUUUUCCUGGAGGAAGGUGAAUUGGAAUUGCUGAGGGAUCUGGAAUUUCAUAAUGAAAGCUGGCUCAGUUUUCUAUAAAUUUAUCUUGUGCUGUAUCCAGAAUCUUUCCAAAGUGUAAUCCUACUUCCAAAAAAAAAAAAAAAAAAAAGUAUUUUGACUGGGAUAGCUUUGAUCCUUCGGUUGACUGUGCACUGGCACAGUGGUGUGCUUGAGUGGAACGUUAUUGGCUUCAGUGAGACUCCAUUCGGGUUGAGCAGUGUGUCUACACCGUCUGUUGGAGGACUGGGGCUGCCAUCUGUAAUAUGGAGUUAACAAUUCUUAUUCACUUUCAUAAACUGCAGCGAUAUCUAGGGAAGAAAUGCGCUAGAUAAUAAAAUAAUUAAUGAUAAUACUUACAGUUGUGACCGUAAGCGCCAGAUCCUCAGCUGGCAACCUCAGUGGAGCUAUGUUAAUUUACACUAGCGUAGGAUCUGGCCCCAGUAGCUUGGAAAUUCCCUAAUGAUGCCCCUUAAAUGAUGAAAUCAAGUUGGCAGUGUAAGUUAGCUAAGUGGCAGUGGGGUAGUAGUAAAAAAAGAAGUGAAGACUGAACUCUCUAUUCCCCGAAUGAGAAGUGGGUAAACUCACUUUACCCUCAACUACACUACUGCUCAGUGGCAGUUCCAGCUAUGAAGAGCCUAUGUUGUGUAUAUUCUGAAAAUGAAAACUGGAAAUACUGAAUGUACCAACCAUUUGCUAUGGAACGAGAACUGCCACACGUCUCAGGCUUGUGUUGCCCUAUCAUUUCUGACUUCAGAGUAGUCAUUAAAGACGAUCCCCACAGUGAAUGUGAUGUGUAAAAAGGAAAUCCAGACAUUAACAGGGAUUAGAUUAAUAUAUUUAAUUCCUGGUGCAAGAAUGGAAAAAAUGAUAUUUUUUUAUGAACCGGGUCUUCAAGCAAAACAUAACAGCACUGUAAGUAGGUUUAAUUUCUGGCUAAGGUCUUCCUGCUGCAUGUGUUCAGUAUUGGUUUACCUUAUACCAUUCAGAAUAAAGCAUUAUAAAAAGAAGUGUGUGUCGUCUACUUUUAAACUGUUGUUCAAAGGCCAAAAAUUGGUUUCUGUUAUAUUCAUGCCCACCGUUUAAUCCUGUACUAUCUAUAUUACAGACAGAUAGGAUCUAGACAUACUUUGGAUUUAUUUUUUUGUUAAAAAAAUUGUUGUGUGGUCAAAACAGCAGAUGAGAAAAGU